AUGCAGGUUGCCUGGUUGUAUAAUAUUCGUGGGACUGAUGUGUCCUAUUGUCCAGUCGUUCAUGCAUUUGCUAUAGUAACAUCCAAUUCAGCUUUCCUUUAUGUGGACAAGAAGAAGGUGUCUGCUGAGGCGAACCAUUAUAUGGAGGAGAAUGGAAUUGAUGUUCGAGAUUACAUUGCUGUGAGCUCAGAUGCAGUAUUGCUUGCAUCUGAUCAGCUCGACUCAACAUCUAAAGUGAAAGGAACUCUGGCUAAAGUUACAAAGACUGACACCGCCAUGGGAGAUGGUAUAACGGAAGCAGAAGGAAAUAAUAUUGACCGUAUAUGGAUUGACUCUGGUUCAUGCUGCUAUACUUUAUUUUCAAAAUUGAAUUCUGAGAAGGUGCUCAUGCAACAAUCUCCUUUGGCCCUUGCAAAAGCUCUAAAGAAUCCGGUUGAGUUGGAUGGCUUAAAGAAGGCACACAUUCGGGAUGGUGCUGCUGUUGUGCAAUAUCUUGUCUGGUUAGAUAAGCAGCAUCCGCCAAAAAUAUUUGAACCUGAUGCCAAAUCUUGUCUUGAACAUGCAGAUGCAGGAGUUAUAUGGGGCUUCAGGGUAUUUCUUGGAGGGGCAAAGGAAGCUAUGAAACUGACAGAGGUAACUGUAAGUGAUAAGCUGGAGGGUUUCCGAGCAUCCAAAGAGAAGAGUAGUGCUUUAUCACCUGUUCCCAGGGUCUUCACUUGGAAGCUAGAGAUUAAUAUUUUCUUGAUUGUGGUUUCUGUGUCAUUUUUGAUAAUUGUGGAUGGAGGAAGAGGGUUAAGUUUCCCAACAAUUUCAUCAGUUGGUCCAAAUGCAGCAAUCAUCCAUUAUUCUCCACAGGCUGAAACAUGUGCAGAGCUCAAUCCAGACAACAUCUAUCUGUUUGAUUCUGGAGCACAGCUGCUUAAUGAUGUCUUAUUUUCCUUCGAUAUUGUUUAUGGCAUGAAGUAUCUGGAUGGAACAACUGACAUAACUCGCACAGUCCAUUUUGGGAAACCAUCAGCGCAUGAAAAAGCAUGCUACACUGCAGUCCUCAAGGGUCAUAUUGCUUUGGGUAAUGCUUGUUUUCCUAAUGGAACCAACGGUCAUGCCCUUGACAUUCUUGCUCGAAUUCCUUUAUGGAAGGAUGGUCUUGAUUAUCGACAUGGCACUGGUCAUGGAAUUGGAUCAUACCUAAAUGUACACGAAGGACCUCAUUUAAUUAGUUUCAGACCACAUGCUCGUAAUGUGCCACUGCAAGCUUCCAUGACUGUAACGGAUGAACCUGGAUACUACGAGGAUGGGAACUUUGGAAUAAGAUUGGAGAAUGUGCUUAUAGUCAACAAGGCUGGUACAAAGUUCAAUUUUGGUGACAAGGGCUACUUAUCAUUCGAGCAUAUAACAUGGGCACCAUAUCAAACAAAGUUGAUUGACUUGAGCCUAUUAGUUCCUGAAGAGAUAAAUUGGCUGAAUACCUACCAUGCGAGAUGUAGGGAUAUUUUGGCCUCGCAUUUGGAUGAAUCUGAGAUGGCAUGGCUGAAUAAAGCUACCGAACCCAGUGGCCAUGCAAUCAUCGGCACUCCAUUAACUCUGCUCUCUAGGGCUGAGCUCCAACCACAAUGUGACAAAAAUCCACCCAAUGACGGAUUGUUUCAAGAUCUCAGCUUGUGGGGCUUGCAAUGGGACAUCUAA